CUUGACUGCCAGUACCCCACUGUCGCUUCUUCCUACUGUCUGUUGCCCGUGUUGUCUGCACCUGAAAGAAAUGAUGUGUUAACUUUUUGAUACCUUUUUGAUACCCUUUUCAUAUUUGAUGUUACUCAUUAUAAUAAAGAGAAUAUUAAUGGUGACAUUUCGUCAAGGUGCUUUUAAUGCAACUGAGUCAUAAAUAAACAUUGCCCGGUCACUGGAAUACCUGUCUCUGUCCAUUUUUGGUACACAACGAAUCUGUGUGGGAGUUUUCCCUUGAAUCAUUUUAUGUCUUAAGGGGCGGGGCCUUAAGUGGCGUAGUCUGGUUUCUUGACCUUUACUCGUAACCGGGGUUACAAACUGGCGUAGGCGGCAGGAGUGUAUUUUCUGAACGGAGACUAGUAUUCCAGUUGCCUUUCUUUUGUUUUGUUAGGAUGUUUGUUUUGUGUUUUUGGUUUUGAGUUGUGUUGACAGGCAAAACAGCAGUGGCACACCGGGGGACGCCAAAGGACAUCUGGGGACGUGUUUAUCUGCCUUCUGGGGUGACAAGAAUACACAGUACGCUCUCCCUUCACCUGACAUCAUGUCUGAAGAGGUACAAGGACUUAGAGACUUGGUACAACGAUUACAGACUGAAAAUGCACAACUUAAACAUGCACAGCCUGCCUCUGCUACAGGAAGCGAUGGACAAUCAACUGGCAGGGGUACAGAGCGACUGCUGUACAUACCAAGAGAGCGCAAAUGCCCAGUGUUUCGGGGGACUUCUGGGAUUGGGAUCGAGGAAUGGCUAGAGGAAGUGAAGGCUAGUACAAGAGCCAGACAUUUGAGUGGGCGGGAUGAAGCUUACUUUAUGUAUGACCACCUAGAAGGGGAGGCUAAGGAUGAGAUUCGAUACCGUAGCAGAGAAGAAAAAGAGGAUCCUAGCAAGAUUAUCACCAUUUUGAAAGAAUUGUAUGGUUGUGCUAAGUCUUAUGUUGAAUUGCAGGAGAGUUUCUUCUCACGUAAACAACAGGAGGGGGAAUCUUUGCAAGAAUAUUCACAUGCUCUUUGUUCCCUCAUGGAUAAGGUGCGGCAGCGGGCCCCCACGGCCCUGACAAACUUUGAUGUAUUGUUGCGUGACCAGUUCAUUGAAUAUGUGUGUGACCCAACACUGCGAAGGGAACUGAAACGCUUAGUUCGUGAGAAAUCUGAUAUGUCUAUGCUUGAAGCCCGGGCUGCAGCCAUCCAAUGGGAACGGGAGGGUAGGCCAAAUGAUAGUGGGAGGGGUAGGAGUUACUCGGUCCCUUCGCUGUGUGCCAUGCAUUAUUCUAGGUCCUCAUCCAAGGUGGAGGCGGCACCAACUACGCAGCCAAAUGCUGAGUUGGUUGAGCUUAAAGAAAUGCUCUUGAAGCAGCAGCAGCAGAUUAAUAACCUUACUCAAAGUAUUGCCUCCCUAGCAGUUCCGCAGCGCCCAAUGAGGUCGAAUCGCCAAAGCCCGAUCAUCUGUCGCAGGUGUCAGCAAGCCGGACACUAUGCUAGAGACUGCACUACUCCCCUCCCUCAUGCCACGGUGACCCAAGCCGGCGCUGUACCACGCCAGACAAUGGAUGGCGGCAAUGGCUCUGGUCCCUCUGCUUCGCCCCACAGCCGAUCCUGAAUCUAGAGUAUGGAAAGAAGCCUUUCAGUUAUGCCAACAAGCCCAAGUUGUUAUUCCUCCCCUCACUGGUUUGGCCAAGGUAAGAGGCCGGAAGGCCAUUCAUAUACCGGGUAGUUCUAUUAAGUUUAUAGCAACCACUUGUGCGCAACAGUUUCGUAUGGCCCCCGGUUCUGUGUUGCUUGAGCCUCCUCAUAACAUUCAGCAGCUACCAGGCGGGUUGCUGCCCCUCCCUGCACUCCUUAGCAUACAUAGCGGCACUGUUCACGUCCCCAUUUUAAAUGUCAAUAACACCCCAGUUUG